UGAGAUUUUUAGUGUGAAGGUCAACUGCGCCGUUGAAAAAAUAUGACGUAGGUUUUACUGAUUAUCUUUGACGGCUGCGACUGGUCGCCAGUCUGGAUAAUUUUGGUAUUGAAAAUGGUACUCAGGUAACAGUUAAGCCUUCCCAUAAGUCCUGAUAACCACAACUCGCAUCAAAGGGACUGUGCUUAACUACAAGUAUGGGUGAAUGUCUGAAACUUGAUCAACCCAAGAGAAAAUUGUCAGGUAUCAAAGAUGAAGAAAAAACUAGUAGUUUGGAAAACAAAACUGCAAAAGUAUUGUACCCAGUUGAUCUUUUACUAACUGACAGAGAUAAUGACAGUAAUGGGAGACGGAAUGAAUAUUAUGAUUCUAUAUGUUCAGUUGACAAGGAUGAUGUAGAGACUAGGCAGUGUCAAUACUGUAAUACUCAGAUCCAAUUAUCGUCUUAUAAUGUUUUACGUAGUUUAAUCUUCACUGAUGUAUUUGGUGAAGACUCACAUGGUACACUGCUCUUAAAAUGUUGGAAUUGUAAAGAAAUAAAGAACAGAACUAUUGCUAUAUACCUCAAUGGACAGUGGUGGGAAACAGAAGACAUCUUGAAAUCAGCAACACACAGGAAAGAUGGUUGGUCUAAG